AAGGAAUUCUUAAAAGACUAAAAACAAAAAAAUAAAAUUAACAAUAUGCCGUCGUUAGAAGGUGAUUAUUGGAAAGACAGCAGACUUUUAAGAAAGCCAAUAAAAGCUUUGGAGGACAAAUGGAAACUUGUUCCAUCAUUUCUUCAAGUUAAAGGACUUGUCAAGCAACAUAUUGACUCUUUCAACUACUUCAUCAACGAAGACAUCAAAAAAAUUGUUCAAGCAAAUAACAAAGUGCUUUCCGACGCCGAUCCUUGUUUUUACUUAAAGUAUUUAAAUGUUCGCGUGGGAAAACCAGAUGUCGAAGAAGGAUUCAACAUGUCAACAAAAUCAACAACACCGAAUGAGUGCAGACUUCGUGAUAUGACUUAUUCAGCUCCUAUUUAUGUUGACAUUGAAUAUACUCGAGGAGCACAACGUGUUGUUAGAAAUGAAUUAUUGCUUGGAAGAAUGCCAAUAAUGCUACGGUCAUCUCAUUGUGUUCUGACAGGAAAAUCAGAAUAUGAAAUAUCGAAACUUAAUGAAUGUCCACUUGAUCCAGGUGGAUACUUUGUCGUUCGAGGACAAGAAAAAGUUAUUUUGAUUCAAGAACAAAUGAGUUGGAAUAAAAUGAUAACAGAAGACUUCAAUGGUCAAAUCCAAUGUCAGGUUGCAAGUUCAACACAUGAAAAGAAGUCACGCACAAAUGUCAUCACAAAACAUCAGAAAUAUUAUCUCAAACAUAAUUCAAUGACUGAAGAAAUUCCAAUUGCAAUCAUAUUCAAAGCUAUGGGAGUUGUUUCGGAUCAGGAAAUUAUGCAAUUGAUUGGAGUUGACAAUGAGACGCAGAAACGUUUUGCACCGUCGUUAAUCGAAGCUGUUGAACACAAAGUCUUCACACAAAAACGUGCUCUUGAAUACAUGGGAUCAAAAUUGAUAACAAAGAGAUUUGUUACUGCAGCAACGAAGUACAAAACACCAUCAGAUGAAGCAAGAGAUCUUCUAGCAACAACAAUUCUCGCUCAUGUUCCAGUUGAAAAUUUCAACUUUCAAAUGAAGUCAGUUUACGUUGCUCUUAUGGUUCGUCGUGUUAUGACAGCUGAAAUCAAUCCAGCAUCGAUUGACGAUCGAGAUUAUUACGGAAAUAAACGACUGGAACUUGCUGGCUCUUUACUUUCACUCAUGUUUGAAGAUUUAUUUAAAAGACUUAAUUGGGAAUUGAAAACAAUCGCUGAUAAAAACAUCCCGAAAAUAAAAGCAGCACAAUUUGAUAUCGUGAAACACAUCAGAGCAGCUAUAAUAACAGCUGGCUUGGAGUCAGCAAUCUCAAGCGGAAAUUGGACAAUAAAACGUUUUAAAAUGGAACGUGCUGGUGUGACACAAGUUUUGUCACGUUUAUCUUACAUCUCAGCACUUGGAAUGAUGACAAGAGUGAAUUCGCAGUUUGAGAAGACAAGAAAAGUGAGCGGACCAAGAUCAUUGCAACCGAGUCAAUGGGGAAUGCUUUGUCCAUCGGAUACACCUGAAGGGGAAGCUUGCGGUCUCGUUAAGAAUUUAGCUUUAAUGACUCACAUCACGACUGAAUGUGAUGAUCAACCAGUGAUUCGUUUAGCAUUCAAUUCAGGCGUUGAAGACAUUCGACUUAUCGGUGGUGACAUCAUCAAUCAAGACGGAGUUUUUAUUGUCUUCUUAAAUGGAAACAUUCUUGGCGUUGUUCUUGGCUACACGAGACUCCUUCAAGUCUUCCGUUUGAUGCGACGAAAAGGAUUCAUUGGAGCUUUCGUAUCGAUUCAUGUUUCACAUUUACGACGAUGUGUCUUCAUUCACACUGAUGGCGGUCGAUUAUGUCGUCCUUACAUUAUUGUUCAACGCGGUCAACCACUUGUCAAACAACAACACAUUGAAGAAGUUAAAAAUGGCACAAGAAAGUUCGAAGAUUUCCUUGAUGAAGGAUUAAUCGAGUUUCUCGACGUGAAUGAAGAAAACGAUUCGUUUAUUGCAUUUCAAGAGAGUGAAAUUGACAGUGAAAAGACGACACAUUUGGAAAUCGAACCAUUUACAAUUCUCGGAGUUUGUGCUGGUCUCGUUCCUUAUCCACAUCAUAAUCAAAGCCCUCGAAACACUUAUCAAUGUGCUAUGGGAAAGCAAGCAAUGGGAAUGAUUGGAUAUAAUCAAAAGAAUCGAAUUGAUACGCUGAUGUACAACAUUGUUUACCCUCAAAGUCCAAUGGUGCGAUCUAGAACAAUUGAAUUGACAAAUUUUGAUAAAUUACCAGCUGGACAAAAUGCGACUGUCGCUGUUAUGAGUUAUUCUGGAUAUGAUAUUGAAGAUGCUCUCAUUUUAAACAAAGCUUCAAUUGAUCGUGGCUAUGGCAGAUGUCUCGUUUAUAAGAACAGCAAAUGCACCGUCAAACGAUACACAAAUCAAACAUUUGACCGAAUCAUGGGACCGAUGAAAGAUGCAACAACUGAUAAAGUAAUUUUUAAGCAUGAAGCACUUGAUUCUGAUGGCAUUGUUGCACCUGGUGAACGUGUUUUAAAUAAAAUGGUUUUAAUAAAUAAAGAAAUGCCAACAGUGACAUCAACAAAUCCAGUGGAACAGAAAGACAAGACACCACAAGCAAAUUCAUUUACGCCAGUCCCGGUUAGUUACAAAGGCGUUGAAGCGAGUCACAUUGAGAAGGUGAUGGUGUCAGCUAACUCUGAUGAAGAUUUCCUUAUAAAGAUUCUUCUUCGUCAGACAAGACGACCUGAAAUUGGUGACAAAUUCAGUUCACGUCAUGGGCAAAAAGGUGUGACUGGAUUGAUUGUUGAACAAGAAGAUAUGCCGUUUAAUGACUUUGGAAUGUCACCAGACAUGAUUAUGAAUCCUCACGGUUUUCCAUCACGAAUGACGGUAGGAAAGACGUUGGAAUUGCUGGGAAGUAAAGCUGGCGUACUAGAAGGAAAGUUUCAUUACGGCACAGCUUUUUCCGGAUCCAAAUGCAGCGAUCUUCAAGAUGAAUUGUUUAAACAUGGAUAUAAUUACAUGGGAAAAGAUAUUUUUUAUUCAGGAAUCACUGGCGAGCCGCUUGAAGCUUACAUUUACUCAGGUCCAGUUUAUUAUCAGAAACUGAAGCACAUGGUGCAAGAUAAAAUGCACGCAAGAGCAAGAGGACCGCGUGCUGUUCUAACAAGACAACCAACACAAGGAAGAAGUCGAGAAGGCGGACUUCGACUUGGUGAGAUGGAACGCGAUUGCUUAAUUUCAUAUGGUGCGAGUAUGUUGAUCAUGGAACGUCUUAUGAUAUCUUCAGAUGCUUUUGAUGUUGAUGUUUGCAAUUUAUGCGGUCGACUUGCUUACUCAUCGUGGUGUCACAGUUGCCAAUCAUCAACAAACGUCGCUAAAAUCUCAAUUCCUUAUGCAUGUAAACUUUUAUUUCAAGAAUUAACAUCGAUGAAUGUAAUUCCGAAGUUGAAAUUGAAGAAUUAUUGAUAAAGAAGAUUGUCUUGAAAUGUAAAAUUAGUUCUUCGAAUGAUGAUUUUUUCAAUAAAGAAUUGAAACAUUUAAAUUAAUAAUUAAUGAAUUUCUUUUUCUUAAUCAAUUUAAUUAAGAGUUGCUGAUGUG